AUGAAUUUAGGCAAAGGAAUUUCUGAUAGUUCUCAUUUAAAAAAAAUUGAAAUGCUAUUUAGUAAGGAUUACUUUGAAGGAGGUUCACAAGAAGUAUGCACAGCAUUAUCAAAAUGCAAAGCCAAAUAAAUUACUUUAGAAUUUAAUGAUACAUAUAAUGAAGAAGACAAUAAUUUUAAUUUAAUUGGAUAAGAACUAUCAAAAAAUUAAUACAUUCAAGAUCUGAGUCUAGAAUUCUAGAGUUAUAAGAUAGAUAGUGAAGUUACGCAAUCUUUUUGUCAAGAACUUCUAAAAUUUAACCUUUUUUCAUUGGGACUCUGGUUUUAUUAUAAUAACUUAACUGAAGAAAAUAUGAUGAUAAUAUGUAUGGAAAUACAAAAAAUAAAGUCUUUAAAUACUCUGAAAUUUAAAUAUGAAGAAAAAGAGAGACUUCAAAUAAACUUUAAUUAAUUUCUAAAAAGGAAAUUUAAGAGACUGGUUAACUUUAAUUGA